CUCGACUGCCGUUGUGAGGUCAGAACGCUCGGAUCAACCCUACUCCUCGGCCAGAGCGUCAACUGUCCGCUCUGAAUUUACGAAUGGACAAUCUGACAUUUCUCUAAAUUUACGAACGCACAGAGCACACUCUGGCACUCCAGAGCGAUUUUACGAACACACCCCAAGUUGAUCGCGUGGCAGCGGCAGGUUCAGCAGCUCACGUAUCCAUGACUUCCCGGAUGGUGCAACUCGCUCAGCCCAAACCCAACCUGCUCCGAUUCCCUGACCGACGGUCAGUCUACUGGCUAGAUGAACUCCCACCUGAAAGAAAUGGCUCCACCACCAAGUUUGAGUUGACGCCCCACUGGUCCCAGCUGUGUGGCAGGAAGCGGCUUCAUUCUGGGUUCGAACAGAGCAGAUCAUCUCCCCAAUGGGAGGUCAGUGUAGCAGCUCUGAGUGCCUAUCCAUCCAAUAGAGUGUGUUCUCUGGCUUUGCCCCGCCUCCCCACCGCAGGCUGGGAAUAUGACCGCCCCCUACUGGCCUCCCUGAGCACAGCGGUGCAGACUGCAGUAGCCAGUCCUAGGGUCUGCCAGUUGGCCUGUCCCAAGCGGAGGCAGGGUCUCUAUUCGCCCCAUUCAUCCAAGACCUCACUGGCACCCCCCCACCCAGCUGCAACCUCCUCCCGACUACAGCUCCUUGCCAUCCCUAAGUCUGUCCACCCCCAGUAUGCCCAGGACCGUCCAGUCAUCUGGCCAGUGCCUGGGCCAGUGAGGAAGGCAGUAGCCAGUGAGAGGGUACAGGUCCUUUCACAGCCCAACCAGCGGAAGGCGCUGUUCCACGGCUACAACCCGUACACGGUUACCCUAGCUGCACGCUCCGCUAGCGCCUCGCCGCGCCUACAGGAGCUUUGUCUGCCCCUGCCGCGGAAAUGCAAGGGCAAAUAGACGAAUGCAUCUCAUCUCUCACCUCUGCAGUACCUCCAGCCGCCUCUUCUUCAGAUACUCUGUCUCCUAUACAGCAUGUCUAUGUCCCUGAUCACCACUGCUCCAUAAUAAAGCCCAUCUACGAUAUCAUUGAGACAUGUUGCUGGGUCUUUGUUCUGGUCCAGUGGGACCGCUGGCUUUAGAAGGUGGAUUGUUUAGUGCUGUGACGUUCAACAGCGGGCUGUUCAUUCAACUGAACUGAAGUGACUUUUACUAUCACCAAAGGAGAGUUGUCACGGACCUAGAACAUUACAACGCACAUUACAUACGUAAAGCGAAAACCACCUGAAUGUAAAAGUCUACCUUAUAUCUUUUAGUGUGCAAUUGUAGUAGGUGACAGAUGUAGAAAACCUGAAAAGGAUGUAAUAUCCUUAAUGAAUAUUCCCUCUUCUGUUAACCCUCUACUGCACAUAGUAAGGCAGCAGAAAGCCGUUUUGCCCCUACAACCUCCCAAUUUGAAUUCUUUUAAAUUCAACAAUCCAAUGAGGUGCAGAAGUUGGUAUGGUGUAUCAAUUUGGGCAGGGAACUUCUUCCAGGAAACAACAAAAACAUGUGAGCACAUGGUAAGAAACAUUUCUUCUUUUUUUACCCCUUUUUCAUGGUAUCCAAUUGGAUACCAUGAGUUGUUACAGUCUUGUCUCAUCGCUGCAACUCCCGUACAGACUCACACAGGGACAUUCUAUGAGCAAAGGGAGCCUAAUGGAGCAGUUGGAUCAUACCCUCUGAUAGUGAGGACAAUCAGCUUGAGGACAGUGACAGCGAAGAAGAAUGGAUCCCAGAAUCUGGUUGGAUAGGCAGUGAAAUACCCAGGUUAUGCCCAACUUGUAUUUUCUUUGGAAAAGAGUGCUUGUUUCUACUAUAUUUCACUUAAUACAUGUUCUGUUUCUGAUUUUCCUUUGUGUUUUAGCCUACCUUUAUGGCACAGCAUUGCCCUGAGGAAACAAAAACAAUGAUUAAUUUAUGCUGCAAUAGUUUGUGUCGGGGGGCUAGGGUCAGUCUGUUAUAUCUGGAGUAUUUCUCCUGUUUUAUCCGGUGUCCAGUGUGAAUUUAA